AUGCCGUCUAGCGGCCCCGCCGGCACAAGCGCAAUCUGCCAGGAGCGCCGCCAGCCUACCGCGGCCGCGUCCCGCGAAGCCACCAUCAGCGGGAGCAUCCGAUCUCCUGCGCCAGCGCGCCACGACCACCUGCGGAGGGUUCCCGACGCCGGCGCCAGCGCCGCCACCGCGGAGGGCGUGGGUGCAAAGCACGCCAGCUCCUCCGGCGCGGCAGUGCGGGAGGCCGCAGACCCCAGACGGAGCCGGGAAAUGAGCGCAUCUGCGGCGGCGCCGGGAUCGGAGGCCGCAGCGGCGCCGGAGAGGGCUCGCGCGGGCGUCCGUGUGUUCGCGCGAGAGAGGAUAGGGCUAGGAGAGGAGGGCAUUUUCGAUAUCUUCACUAGGCCCACAUCGUGGAGGAUAAAAAAGUUUUGA